AUGAUUAUACAACCUGUAAGUUCUGGUUCAAUAAAUAUGUCAGGUGAUAGUCAUUAAAAUGGACUUGAUCAUUAUGUGACAGAGUUGAAUAAUUAAAAUUUGAUGUAAGUAAGGCGACCUAAUGAAGAUUAAAUUCUAGCAUUUAUUGAUUUUUAAGGACUUAAAGUUGAUAGAGUUAAAUAACAUAAAACAGUUCCUGAUUAACUUAAAGAUAAUAAAAGUAUUGGAAGCAAAGUAUCGCAUUAGAUUCGUAGGAACAGUGCUGAUUAAUCUGAAGACUCACCUUUAAAGUAAUCACUUAGAGAUGAAUUAAUUCCAUAUGAUAGUCCUAACUUUGAACUAAAAAAGUUAGGGGAUACUGAAGAACAUAGAAAGAGUAAGACUGUUAUUAGUCCAGUUGGUUAAUCAUCUAAAUCACCAAAAAGGAAAACUAAACAUUUUUCAAAGAUUUUUUCAAAAAUUACAAAUAGAAUGCAUUUAGCAAAAAAAUUUAUCUAAAAAAUGAAAUAAUUAUCUCCAUUUUCAAGAAAGGUUAGUAAAUAAUAAAUGCAAAUAAUUUAAGAUUUAAGUUCUGACAUUAGUAAUCCAAAUGAGAAAUAUAUGAAUUAAAGUUAUAUAAAGAUGCAUGAUUCAGUGAAAUACAAAAAGAAACUCAGAAGAAUUAAUAGUCUUUAAGCAUUUAUAACAUUAAAAUCUUACUUUAGUAUUUGUAAAUAAUAAGUAAUUUUAAAUAAAAUAAAAAAUGGGACAAUAGAUCCUUAAGGGAAUUUUCUAUUCUUUUGGGAAUUGUUGAAAUUCUUUAUUACAUUAUCAUCAUUAUUCUAAUUAUCAAUACAAAUAUGUUUUAAUUUGAAUGUUUUAAAUUGGUAUUUUGUUGCAGAAAAAGAAAAUUCAUAAAAUAUAUUAAUAUUUAUGUUUAUUUAUUACUUAAUAGAUAUAUUUUUAGGAUUUAGAACAGGAUAUUAUGAAAAUGGAGAAGUAGUAAUAAAAUAUUAAAGAGUUGCAAGAAGAUAUUUUAAGACUUAUUUCUUUGUAGAUUUAAUAUCAAUAUUACCAAUUUGCAUUAAUAUUAUAUUGAUUUAAUCAUUUGAAAAUGAUAAUACUAUAAUUAAGAUAGUGAAUUGUUUAUCAUUUUUAAGAUCUAAUGCUUUAAGUAGAGUAUAUCAUUCUUUGGAAGGUAGAUUAUUGAGUAAUCCUCGAUUUGUAAUAGGAUAUAGAUUCUUAAGUGUAAUAGGAACAGUAUUUUUAUAUGCUCAUGUAUUUGGAUGUCUUUGGUAUUUAGUAGCUUAAAAAAACAAUAAUAAUUGGAUAAAUAAAGCAGGAAUAGUAGAAGAUUCUUGGUUUGCUCUUUAUAGUUAUUCAAUUUAUUGGUCUGUGAUGACUAUGACAACAGUAGGAUAUGGAGAUUUAACACCUGCAAAUUAUGAAGAAGCAUUAUUUUGUGUUUGUACAAUGUUUAUAGCAAGUGUAGUUUUUGCUUAUUCAAUAAAUACUAUAGGAAUGAUUAUUGCUGAAAUGAAUAAAUUUGAUGAAAAGAUAAAUGAGAAUAUGGCUAUUAUUAAUAGAUAUAUGUAAAGAAAGAAUUUCGAAUAAUCUUUAUAAUUUAGAGUGAGAUAAUAUUUAUAAAAUUUAUGGACUUAAGAAGAUAAAUUUAGAAUUGUUGAUGAGAAUAAGAUUAUAAAUUGUUUAAGUCCAACAUUAAAAGAAGAAAUUUAAAUAUGUUUAUAUGGUUAAUUUAUAACUAAUAUUCAUAUAUUUUAUAGAUAUUUUAGUUAAGAAUGUUUAUUAGAGUUAACUAAGAAUGUUUAAGAAUAUAGAGUUGCACCAAAUUCAUAUGUAAUUGAGAAUGGUACUCAUGAAGGCAUUGCUUUAUAUUAAUUAGUAAGUGGGGAUGCUCAUAUGUUUGUUGAUCUACAAGAUAGAAAGUUUUAUAUUGGUAAGAUGAAAUAAGGUGAUAUAUUUGGACAUGGACCAUUCUUUAUGAAUAAAUUGCAUUCAUAUAGUGUAAAGACUGAUAGUGCAUGUUCUUUUGCUUAUUUAUCAAAAUAAAUGUUUUUAGACAUCCUACAAUCACAUCCAGUUGAUUAUGUAAUAAUUGUAUAUAUUUAGCAAACAUAUAGGAUGAUAAUAGACCAAUGGACAUUCUAAAAUCAAAAAUUAGAUUUAGGAGUCAAAUGUAUUGGAUGUGGAGAAAGUGAACAUGAUAUAGAUUAAUGUAGUAAAUUACAUCUAAUGAUAAAUAAGAAAAUGGUAUUAGCAAAGCAUUUAUUUUCUAUUCCCAAUAAACGAUCUUUAUUCUAAAGAAAUAAUAGAAGGACUACUAAUGCUAAAUUUGGUUAAAGAUUAUUUGAAGAUGCUGUAUCCUUAUUUUAAGAGAAUAACUUUUCAUUUUCAUCUGAUGAAGAAGAACCAGAUGCUAGUCAAAUUGAGAGGACUUAUCAAACUAAAAUGACUUAAGAAAUGAGAUAUUAAGAACAUACAUCAACACAUAAAUCUUAAUAAUAAUAAACUUAAUAAUAUCAUCAACAAUCAAAAAAUGUAAGAUUUAGAAAACGUUCUAGAUCAUUGAAUUCUUUAAGUGUACAUUCAGAAGAAGAGUCUAAAUUUUAAAAAUCUAUAUCUGGAAUUAAAUCAAAUGAUUCUCAAAUAGAUAAAAUGAGUGGCAUUCCUGUUAAGGUAUAACAAAUACCUAGCUCAUAAUUAUCUUAAAGUUCAUUUAAUGUAUUUCUCAAAGAAUAUCCUAAAAGAAAGAUUUCUAAAUAAUAAGAUUCUGAUAAAUAUUCAAAUCAUUCAAUGGGUCAACGUCAAUAAUAAAAUUAACAUCUAUCUUAACCAUUAUUACAUAAAUCUAAUAGUUAAUCUAGUAGUGGAAAUAUACCAUAAAGUAGUAUGGGCAUACCACCAGUACCUAAUGCUUCACCUCCUUUGUUUUCUUAAGAUGAAAAAUAGAUAUUUUAGAGGAAUAAUGUUGAGGACAGUUUAUAUAUUACUUAAGAUAGAAAAAAGAAAUCUCAAAUUGGAACAAGUUAUUCAAACACUAAAUCUAUCAAGAAUCAAUUAUAGGCAAUUCCUUCUGUUGGAGAAAUUAAUGAAAUAGAAAAAAUUAAUAAAAAUCUUUUAAAAGAAGGUUCACAUACAUCGAAAUAAUUAUCUAUGCAAAGUAGAUCAAGAAGUUAAAGAUAUACUAUAUCAUUAAGGACUGAUAGUCAAAAAAUAAAAGAAGAUACUAAACAUGAUACAUAGAAACAUGAUUUUAAAUAUAGAACUGAUACUUAUAGAUAAUACAAUGAAAAUAGUAGUCCAUUAAAUGAAGAAUAGUUUCACAAUAAAUUUGAAUAAGCAUGCGAUCUUAAAUCAUAUUAUCCACAAUAUAAUAAAGAUUAGAUUAUUUAGAAAUAUAAAAGAUAACAACUCAAAAAAAUAACAUAUUCAUAUUAAUUAAAGUCAUGA